ACAAACACCGGUCUGCACUCAGAUACAUCACCCGAUUACUCCUACAUCCAGCUCAUUUCCUGGUUUAUCAUUUAUAAGUUUAGGGAAGUGGACACACGCUCAUGUUACAGCCGCAGAUUACAGAAGUGAUCAUCAGCAAAGCGACGUGUGGAGAUCGAACAUCUAAUAUCUCUUUCUAAUCAUCUACAUCUAUCUAUCUAUAUAUAUAUAUCUUUUUUUUACCACAAACCCACAGACAGUGCUACGUGUUUACUGUGAUGUGCUUCUCUUCGGAAAAGAAAAGCUGGUCUAUUUUGCUGUUUCCUCUUUAAAACUUCUCAACCUCAGGAGAACCUAAAGUCCGGCGACCUGCAUGAAGCUCACAGACUUUAUUCACACAUCUAAACGACUCGGUUUUUAUCGGUUUUGAGUAUCAGACUGACACUUUAUUCUAGAUGGAAGGCUCUGAAAGUGCAAUAAACAGAGUUGGUCGUGCAAUGUGGACCGUUUGGGGCUACCUUACAGGCGCUGUAGGAAGAUAUCUCAGACCAGAGGUCAGGAAUGAAGAGGCCCAGAAUGUUCAACAAGAAGACACUGUACCCAUCAGUAAGAGUUAUAAGGAGUUGAAGGUCAAGGAUGAGGAAAAAGAAAGAGCUGAAACAAAGAUGAGAGAUGAUCUGCAGUAUCCCGGGGUUAGAGUGCGGGCCGCUGCUGUUGAGUGGGAAAAGGGGAACUUUGCUCAUUGUGAAGAUAAACUCAAGAGCAAACUCACUUGUGGUGGCUCAGAGGCCGGAGACAAGAAAUCUCAGGCGCAGAAUCAGCUCAGCCAUUGUACUGAACAAGAAGAUUCACCUGCUAACGUUGAUGCAGAUGGAAAGAACCAAGACAGAACAUUUUCUGGAAGUGAGGAAGCCGAUCUAAAUGUCGAAUGGAAUAAAACCAAUCAGGAACAGACAAAGAAACCAGAAGAGGAAGAGAAAAUCAUGCGGAGAAAGUUUGAUGAAACUGAUGAAGAACCCAUUAAAAGUGACCAGGGCUUACUGGCCAAGGAAGCUGAGCUAAAUGAGACGAGGAAAGACUAUCAAGAACAAGGAAAUGAAGAGGAAGAGAAACAUGUUGGUGAAAGUAUAAAGAGAGAGAAUGAUGGAAUGGAAGCGGAAGACAAAACAGUUAAAAGUGAAUUUAUUGUCCAGGGCUUACUAGCCAAGGAAGCUGAGCUAAAUGUUGAGAGAAGUGAAAGCAAUCAGAUACCGACUAAGAAACUGGAAGAGGAAGGUGUUGAAAUAAUAAGAAGAGCGAAUGAUGAAACUGGAGAAGAACUAACUAAAAGUGAGUCUAUCGAACACUUCUUACUGGCCAAGGAAGCUGAUCUAAAUGUUGAGAGGAGUGAAAGCUGCCAGGAACAGGGAAGAGAAGAAGAAGAAGAGGAACGUGAAGAUAAAAUAAUAAUGUGGAGAGAGAAUGAUGAGUCUGAAGAAGAACCAAUGAAAAGCCAGUUCACUGAGCAAGACCUACUGGUUAAGGAAGAUUAUCUACAUUUUAAGAGGGAUGAACACAGUCAGGAGCAGAGAAGGGAAUCCCAAGAAGAGGAAGAGGAAGGUGUUGAUGAAAUCUUGAGGAGAGAGAAUGAGGAAACUGAAGAAGAACCCAUUAAAAGUGAGUUUGAACAAGGAUUAUUGGCCAAGGAAGCUGAUGUAAAUGCUGAGAGGGAUGAAAACAAUCAGGAACAGGGAGGAAAACAGGAAGAGGAAAUGGAAGAUGAUAAAAUUAUGAAGAGUGAGAAUGAUGAAACUGAAAAUGAAUCCAUGCAAAGUGAGUUUAUUGACCUGGAUGUUCUAAAUGUUCUGGGGAGUGAAUGCAGCCAGGAGCAGAGAAGGGAAGAGGAAGAGGAAGAUGUUGAUGAAAUUAUGACAAGAGAGAAUGAUGAAAGUGAAGAACAACCCAUUCAACGUGAGUUUAUUGACCAGGAUGUUCUAAAUGUUGAGAUGAGUGAAUGCAGCCAAGAACAGGGAAGAGAAGAGGAAGAGGAAGGUAUUGAUGAAAUAUUGAGCAGAGAGAAUGAGGAAACUGAAAGAGAUCUGAUUAAAAGUGAGUUUAUUGACCAGGAAUUAUUGGCCAAGGAAGCUGAUCUAAAUGUAGAGAAGAGUGAAAGCAGCCAGGAGCAGAGAAGGGAAGAGGAAGGUGUUGAUGAAAUUAUGAAGAGAGAGAAUGACGAAAGUGAAGAAGAACCCAUUCAAAGUGAAUUUAUUGAACAAGGCUUAUUGGCCAAGGAAGCUGAUCUAAAUGUUGAGAGGGAUGAAAACUAUCAGGAACCGGGAAGGGAAGAGGAAGUGGAUGAGGAAGAGGAAGAUGUUGAUGAAAUUAGGACAAGAGAGAAUGAUGAAAGUGAAGAAGAACCCAUUCAAAGUGAGUUUAUUAACCAGGAAGUUCUAAAUGUUCAGAGGAGUGAAUGCAGCCAGGAACAGGCAGGAGAAGAGGAAGAGGAAGGUGUUGAUGUAAUUUUAAGGAGAGAGAAUGAGGAAAGUGAAGAAGAACCAAUUAAACUUGAGUUUACUGACCAAGGCUUAUUGACAAAGAAAGUUGAUCUAAAUGUUGGGUGGAGUGAAAACAACCAGGCGCAGAUACGGAAAGAGGAAGAAGAAAAGGAAGAGAGAGAUGUUGAAAUAAUGAAGAGCGAGAAUGAUGAAACUGAAGAAGAAGACAUUAAACGUGAAUUCCUUGAACAAGGAUUAUUGGCCAAGGAAGCUGAUCUAAAUGUUGAGAGCGAUGAAAACUAUCAGGUAGAGGGAAGGGAAGAGGAAGGGGAUGAAGAAGAUGAAGGUGUUGAAGAAAUUAUGACAAGAGAGAGUGAUGAAAGUGAAGAAGAACCCAUUCAAAGUGAGCUUAUUAACCAGGAAGUUCUAAAUGUUGAGAAGAGUGAAUGCAGCCAGGGACAGGCAGGAGAAGAGGAAGAGGAAGGUGUUGAUGUAAUUUUAAGGAGAGAGAAUGAUGAAAGUGAAGAAGAACCAAUUAAACUUGAGUUUACUGACCAAGGCUUAUUGACAAAGAAAGUUGAUCUAAAUGUUGGGUGGAGUGAAAACAACCAGGCGCAGAUACGGAAAGAGGAAGAAGAAAAGGAAGAGAGAGAUGUUGAAAUAAUGAAGAGCGAGAAUGAUGAAACUGAAGAAGACAUUAAACGUGAAUUCCUUGAACAAGGAUUAUUGGCCAAGGAAGCUGAUCUAAAUGCUGAGAGGGAUGAAAACUAUCAGGAACAGGGAGGAAAACAGGAAAAGGAAAUGAAAGAGGAUGAAAUUAUGAAGAGUGAGAAUGAUGAAAGUGAAGAAGACCCCAUUCAAAGUGAGUUCAGUGAACAAGGCUUAUUGGCCAAGGAAACUGAUCUAAAUGUUGAGAGCGAUGAAAACUAUCAGGUAGAGGGAAGGGAAGAGGAAGGGGAUGAAGAAGAUGAAGGUGUUGAAGAAAUUAUGACAAGAGAGAGUGAUGAAAGUGAAGAAGAACCCAUUCAAAGUGAGCUUAUUGACCUGGAUGUCCUAAAUGUUGAGAAGAGUAAAUGCAGCCAGGGACAGGAAAGAGAAGAGGAAGAAAGUGUUGAUGAAAUAUUGAGGAGAGAGAAUGAGGAAACUGAAAAAGAUCUUGUUAAAUGUGAGUUUGCUGAUUUAAAUGUUGAGAUCGACGAACACUAUCAGGAACAGGGAUGGAAACAGGAAGAGAAAAAGGAAGAUGGUGAAAUUAUGAAGACUGAGAAUGAUGAAACUGAAAAAGAACCAAAUCAAAGUGUGGAGAUGAGUGAAAGCAGCCAGGAGCAGAGAAGGGAAGAGGAAGGGGUUGAUGCCAUCUUCAGGGGAGAGAAUGAUGAAACUGAAGAAGAAGCAAGUGACCAAGGCUUUGACCCUGAAGAACCAGCAGGUGUGUGUGAUCCAGGAGCUACAGCAGAGGUCCCCAUGGCCUUGGUGGAUACGAUAAUGGAAUAUGUUUAUAAUCAGGAUAAAAAUGAGCUAAAUGUGGAAGAACAAAUCUGUCAUGUAACAACCGAGCAUGAAAACAAAGCUUGUAAAUUACAAAUGGUGGAUGAGGGGUUGUUUAUUCAGCUAACCUCAACAAGUGAAGGGAGGGACCCUUUAAACCCCAGCCUCAAUCUGGAGGUAGAAAUGCCUGACAAUGCCACACUGUUGCAAGAAAAGGAAAUUAUUCAAGUCCACAAUGAGGAAACAAUGCAAGAGGCUGUGGGAAAUGAGAAAGAUGGAUACCAUGAAGAGUUCUCAGCAUGUGAGAAGUUCACAGACACUGGCAUUAUUGAAGAACAGAAAGUCUGUGAUAUGGAAAUGAAAGAAACUUUAAAACAAGUUAUUGAUAGAGAUGUGGAAACUGAAUGCGAACCUUUGGUGGUGACACAGAUAGAAAAUGCAGAAAUGUACAAGAAAAUGUUUGAACCCAGCAGCGAGUUUGACGACGAGGACAAUACGAUAAAAAUGCAGCAGUCAGAACAGAGUGAAGAGCAAAAGGCCACAUCUGAGAUGGACCUGAAUGUAGAGCUGAGACAGUUAGAUGAUACAGUCCAUAAUCACAAAGGAUCACAAAGACCAGUGGUAAUGACUAAACAAGACUUUGAGGGUGUCAUUACACAGCCAGAAACAGAGACAGGAAACCAAACGGAAACGGUUGAAGCCACAUCAAAAUUCAGAGCAGAAGUUGCUGCAGUAGAUGUGAAGAAAUCAGCUGAAAGAGAGACUACAUCGCAUGAGCAGCAUGUAGAUAAAGAAGAAGUGGCUGCACAGAAAAUAACGGGCCAAUGCUUCCUUGAACAAGGGUCACUGCUAGAAGACCUUGUAUCAGCUGAUACAAAAACAAAUGAAGCACCAUUUUCUGAAAUAAAGUCAAUUCCUCUUGAGGAAACUGUAGUUGAGUCUCUUGAUGAAAUGAAAGGUUCUUCACUGCAGGAACUGCAUGAGUGCUCCAGUGAAGCUGAACUAAACCUGGACGCAAAGUCCAGCUCUCCUGUUCAGAUCAAUCAGGAUGAGUUCACAGAGCAAGAAGCUUCAUCACAUGGACUCUCUGAGAUCGAAUCAGAACAGGAACCCCUGGAGAUGCAGACAGAUUCCCAGAAAGAUACAGAGGAACUAAAGAGGCCUGAUGAAGCAGAUAAUGGAUUAGUAGAUGAAAUAAAGGAUGUGAUAUCCUGUUUGGGUGUUGAGGAAGAAAUGAGUGUUUUGACAAAGGAUUUAGAGAAUAGUGAGCGAGAAAUGGAGGAAAUAAAAGCGCAUAGUGAAACUGAAAGCUGUGAGGAAACAUCAGAGAGUAGCAUGAAUGUGGAAUUACUGAGUGACACACGGGAAAGUGAAGCAGAAAUGACAGAUGUUGAAACUAUGGUAGAUUCAACAGGUGAAGAGAUCAAAGCAAUGGAAGAACCUAUCCAUCAAGAGGAAGAAACGGAUAAGUGCCAUCUAGUUCCUUCCGAAUCAGAGGCAUCGGAGGAAAUUGGCCGGGAACAUGAAGAAAAAGUCGAACAUGGACAAUCGGUGGUAGACAGUAAGGAGGACGUCGGAGAUAGAGGCAGAUCUGGACUGAAGAGAGGGUUUGAAAAAAUCACAGGAGACAGUGACCAGGAUAAACCACCUGUAUUAACAGAUCUUUUACUUCCAUCACAGGCUUCAUCCUUGGACUUUACAGUCCAGAAGUCGAAGAUCGCUGUGAAAAACCCUCUCGUUCGCCCCCCUAAAGACCCUCGUACACUUAUAAACAUGGCUUCUGUUGAACCCUUGACUCCUCAUCCUCCUCAUCCUUCACUGCCCGGCUUUCUAAAAAAGAGUCAUAUAGAAGGUGCAUCACUGCCAAGCAAAGGUGUGAUCGGAUUCAAACUCCCAGGUCUGGGUUCUGGUUUCCCUGCACUGAGAAAAACUGAAACUGGAGGAAAAAUAAGAGGCGGGGAAGAUUCAGAGAGUGUAACGUCACAGAGACCCGACUCAGGCUCACAGUCAGCAGAUGAUAACGUCAAGCAAGAGACAUCGCCUCAGAAACCAAAAUGGACACCACCAAGACAACCUGGGAUGGGCAACCCUAUGAUGAUGGCAGAGCUGAAGAGCAAACUCAAAAAACCUGCAAAAGAUACUCGGCCCUGUGCCAACUGUGAGCCAGUGGCAUCGCUUCUCCUCUCCUUCUCUCCUCCUUUCAAGCACCAGAUCAAGGCUUGGCUACAUCUCUCAACUGUACAUGGGUUGGUAGUUACAGCCGGUCAUCAGAUGGGCACCCCUAUAUUUAAAUGAUUUAAAUCCCAUUCA